CUCCCGCGCCGCGGGGACGGCAACGCAAGCAACGCACCCGAGCUCCUGCCUCCCUCCCUCCUAUUUAAGCUCGCCCCGUCUCUGCCCCACUCAUCUCAUUUCGCCAUUUCGGCAUCUCGCCAACUUUCAAAACCAGCCAAAAUCACCUGAGCAAGAGCAACGCAGCAGCAGGCAACAUUUUUCCGACCCGGCUGGCCUCUGAGCUUUCCGGCAGCGAGCGCGCAAUGGCGGCGGGGAAGGCGGCCGCGGUGAAGAGGCCGUCGUUCGGGACGCGGGCGUGGCGGCUGCUGCGCCUGGCGGUGCUCUGGGCGCGCCGGGGCGGCGCGGCGCACAGCCUGCGGCUGCUCCGCACGCUCCGGCGCCACGGGCACGGCCUCGGCGGCGGGGCGCGCGGCGACCGCCUCCGGUACGGCGAGCGCGAGUUCUCCAUCGACGAGACGCCGGCGUUCCGGUUCCGCACCCCGUCCGCGCGCGUGCUCCGCCUCAUCCCCUGCAUCGCGCCCGCGGUGCCGGACACCCCGGGCCUCUACAGGGAUGACCGCUACUUCUUCCGCGACGCCGCGUCGCGCGCGCUGGAGGAGGACGCCGCCGCGUACGGCUACGGCGGCCCGGAGAGCGAGCGGGGAAUCGACGAUGAGGAGGAGGAGCUGAGCUGCUACUGCGGCGGCGGUGACGAGGAGGAGCUGCUGGAGCGCGCGGUCGCGGAGUCGUGCCGCGCGAGCACGGCCGCGGAGGGCGACGCCGGGGUGGACGUGAAGGCGGACGAGUUCAUCGCCAGGUUCUACGCGCAGAUGAAGCUGCAGCGCCAGAUCUCGUGGCUCCAGUACAACGAGAUGAUGCAGAGGAGCGUCAGCUAGAUCCAUCCCUCUGUUCAUCCUGGAUCACUAGUAGCAGCAGCAGCGGCAGAGUUUGAGCUUUUGUUCAUCGAAAACAAACAUAAUAUACAUGCACAGCACCUGUAUACAGAAUCAGAGAUUUUUUUUUACUACAUACUAUACAAAAUACAAAAUUUCCCCCCAUUGAA